GGUCAUGUGGGUGACGUCUCCCAGUGGGCGCAGAGCGCGCAUUGGCGAACUGUGCCGUGAAUUUUUUCGUGAGUAGGCCUUCUUUCUUCUCCGGACCAUGGCCACCGAUUCGUGGGCCCUGGCAGUGGACGAGCAGGAAGCGGCUGUCAAGUCGAUGAAUAAUUUGCAAAUCAAGGAAGAGAAAGUCAAACCAGAUACCAAUGGUGUUGUCAAAACCAGUGCUACUGCAGAGAAAACAGAUGAAGAAGAGAAAGAGGACAGAGCUGCCCAGUCCUUACUCAACAAGCUGAUCAGAAGCAACCUUGUGGAUAACACAAACCAAGUGGAAGUCCUGCAGCGGGACCCAAACUCCCCGCUCUACUCAGUGAAGUCCUUUGAGGAGCUUCGGCUGAAACCGCAGCUUCUCCAGGGAGUCUAUGCCAUGGGUUUCAAUCGACCAUCCAAGAUACAAGAGAACGCGUUACCCAUGAUGCUCGCUGAGCCCCCACAGAACCUGAUUGCGCAGUCUCAGUCUGGUACAGGUAAAACAGCUGCUUUCGUCCUGGCCAUGCUCAGCCAAGUGGAACCAGCAGAGAAAUACCCCCAGUGUUUGUGCCUCUCCCCAACAUACGAGCUGGCGCUUCAGACGGGAAAAGUGAUUGAACAGAUGGGCAGAUUUCAUCCAGAACUAAAGCUUGCGUAUGCUAUUCGAGGCAAUAAAUUGGAAAGAGGCCAGAAGAUCAGUGAGCACAUUGUCAUUGGCACCCCUGGGACCGUCCUAGACUGGUGCGCCAAGCUCAAGUUCAUCGACCCCAAGAAGAUCAAGGUGUUCGUCCUGGAUGAGGCUGACGUGAUGAUAGCUACUCAGGGCCACCAGGAUCAGAGCAUCCGCAUCCAGAGGAUGCUGCCCAGGAACUGCCAGAUGCUACUUUUCUCCGCCACCUUUGAAGACUCGGUAUGGAAUUUUGCCCAGAAAGUGGUCCCAGACCCAAACAUCAUCAAACUGAAGCGCGAGGAGGAGACCUUGGACACCAUCAAGCAGUAUUACGUCCUGUGCAAUAACAGGGAUGAGAAGUUCCAGGCCUUGUGUAACCUGUACGGGGCCAUCACCAUUGCUCAAGCCAUGAUCUUCUGCCAUACCCGCAAAACAGCCAGUUGGCUGGCAGCAGAGCUCUCAAAAGAAGGCCACCAGGUGGCUCUGCUGAGCGGAGAAAUGAUGGUGGAGCAGAGGGCUGCAGUGAUUGAGCGCUUCCGCGAGGGCAAAGAGAAAGUUCUGGUGACCACCAACGUGUGCGCCCGCGGUAUCGAUGUUGAACAGGUGUCUGUCGUCAUCAACUUUGACCUUCCCGUGGACAAGGACGGGAACCCAGACAAUGAGACCUACCUGCACCGAAUUGGGCGCACGGGCCGCUUUGGCAAGAGGGGGCUGGCAGUGAACAUGGUGGACAGCAAGCACAGCAUGAACAUCCUGAACAGAAUCCAGGAGCAUUUCAAUAAGAAAAUAGAAAGAUUGGACACGGAUGACUUGGACGAGAUUGAGAAAAUCGCCAACUGAGCAGCUCCGCCAGUCUCUGGUGUCCCCGCGCCCCUGCUGCCCUGGAGCCUUGUGCUCUCGCGACACAGGCCUCAACGGUCCCCACGAGGGUGGAGGCCCGAGUAGAGAGGAACUACCUACCUCGUUCUAAAUUACGUUUGGACUUGACAAAAAUUUUGCAAAUGAUGGGGAAGGUAGAAGGAAAUUUUGCAUCUUAGAAAGUGUCCUUUUGCUUCCUUGUUUAAGCCACAUUUUCCCCCACUUUUCUAUUAAUCUGAUCGGUAUUGGUAAUCACUGUCCCCGGGAUCCCCUGGCUAGGAGUGUUGGGAUCACCUGCCAGCUCCACAAGAAGCGAUCAAGGUGGAAUGCAGGCAAGGCCUGGGCUGUAGGGGUGUGUGUCCCCACGGGUGGGUCGUGAGGAGCAGCAGUUUAGAGCCUGUGAGCUGCCCGCCAGUCCCUGACUGAGUCUCUCACAAAUGUCUCUUGCCUUUGGGCCUUCAGGGCCUCCCUUCCUUUUUCUAAAAUCCAGAGACUUCCUGCUAAUCUCACAUCUCUGUUCUCGGUACCAGAGGAUAUCCAUGCUUCUCCCUGGGUGAGCAUCUUGGCUGCUUUUGUGAAUCUUAGAUUUGGGGAGAAAUAUGGAAGUCAAUAACUCUUCAGAGGGGCUGGUCCAGCAAGGGUAGAGGAAUCCUUCAAGGAUCUGGGCCUCUGUUCCGCAGUUGCUCUGUCUGCUCAGGCACAUGGCAAUGUGACACACCUGCCCAAGUGUGCAGGUUCUAAUCCAUGGGGUGUCACACUGUGCCUGGAGGCGAGCAGCAUAGCUUGGCAAGGAAGCUAUGGCCAGUGAGAACUCUGACUUGCUGUUCAUCUGCUCUAAUGGAUCCAUUGGUUACUUUAGUUUGCACAUUGUCUGUAGAAUAAGGACCAAUGAAUUACCUGUGCUCAUUAUGGUAAGAAAUUUUGAAACAAUUAUGGAUUGCUGUACUAAUCAUGAUUUGUUUUUAUUUGUAUUUUUUUGCUUAUUAGACUAAUAUAUGCUCAUUUAAAAGUAUGUGAGUGUGUGUGUAUGUGUGUGUAUAAAGUGCAAGUGCUUUCUAUCCCUAUCUCUAAAAUCACAUUGCCAGCAGCUUGGUGAACAGUCGAUACAGUGCCUUCUGCUUGCACAUAUCAACUCAUUUUUCUUUUACAAAAAUAUGGACAUUCUAUUCACUCUCUUGUGCAACCUGCCUUCUCACUUAACACAGUGGCAUCCCUCUGGCAUGUAGCUGCCCCAGCAUUAAAUCAUGGCUCCUCUAGUGAUUGGCAUGUGGGAUGGUGAUGUUCACAGCACCACAGCGAAUACCACUCGCUCAUCUCCUGUGCUCUGAGGUGCUAGGAUUUUUUUCUAGGGGUAGAAUUGUUAGGUUGAAGAAAGGGGACAUUAAAAUUUUUAAUACACUGCCAAUUCAGCCUGCCAGAAAUUUUUUUACCAAUUUAUGCUGUUGUAGUUAGUGAUAAAAUAAAUAAAUCCUGUUUUCUAAUCUGUUUGCCAACCCUCUAUUACCAAUUUUUAAAAUUUAAAAUUUGUCAGUCUGAGUAGCAAAAGGAUCACAUCAUUGUUUUUGUUUAAUUUAAUAAGGCUUGGCAAAUUUUCAGUUAGUGGAUACUUUUCCUUGGGAUGCUGCCCAUUCUCGUCUCACCAUUUUAUUAUUGGAUUAUCAAUCCUUGAUGGUUUUUAGCUGCCUUUCUGUUUUAAGAACAUUAUACUUCGAGUUGUAGAUUUCUUUUCCUAGUUUGUCUUUACAAACUAAUUUUUUCUCAAUACUAUACAAAAGGUUAAUGUUACUCAAAUUUCCUUUUUUAAGAAAUGUGAACUUCAUGUCAUAGGUAGAAAAGCUUUUGUCAUCCCAAUAUUAUAAAGUAUUUAUUCAUGUUUCCUGUAGUGGCCAUUCCUGGGCAGUAAAUUCUCUUAAAUUCUGGGGAAUUGGAUAGCUCUUAAAAAUGUUUUGCCCCGCUCAUUUGCUGUGAGCAAUUUUGGUACCCAGAGGGUGAGUGGGAGGCCAAGCUGUGGGGCUGUGGGCUGGAGUCACGGAGACUGGGUGGACGGGGGAGAAUACAGAGGGUCCAGAUGGCAAGGGACGUGAGUGAAAGUGGGAGGCCGGGCAUCCAUGAGGGUGAAGCGAGUACUGGGCAGUGACUGCAGGUGUAGGUGCGCCAGGAAGAGGCAACCACAGCUUCCAGGGGGAAGGGUUCAGAGAAGAAAGGUUGGGGCAAGAAGGGGAGCAAGGUUCCAGAAAGGCAGGGUCAAGGAAAGGCAGUGCUCUUAAGGGGGACAGGCAGGGCUCAGCAAGGAGGAAGUGGAGGAGAGAGAGAGGGCUGGUGGAGAGUCCCACUCGGACUCCAGACACAACAGUAAUACAGAAAAGGUAACACUAAAACACAAAACACACUGCCUGACCCGAACACAAGAUGAAUGUUUCUAUGGACUAGCAAUGGGGCAAAAAUGCAAAGUGGGGAGCAGGGCUGAAGCCAAAAGCUUGUCAGGCUCCAGUCCAGAAAGAGAGUAGCUGCAGGCUGUCAGGUCCUGUGGAGUAGAGGGGACUGCAAGCACUGUGCCCAAGACCAGAACCACAGCCAGGCUUGCCGUGUGAAGGGAGCUGGGCUGGAGCUUCUGCACCCCAGCCAGAUGUGGGAUUUAUUACAAUGAAAACCCAGGAAGAAGGCAGGAGGACUUAGAUUUCCCUCGCAACCUGUAACUGACACAAUCGUGUUGACUCUCCUGGCCUGCUCUGAUAUUCCCGGAUGGCCUCAUGUCGGCAGACCUGGUUCUAGAAAAGGGCCCAGAGGGGAAGGAAGUUGGGAAGAGCCAAACGUUAAAUCCAUCUGUGGAUCGUGGAAAGAAGAAAUCUAAAGAUAAAGACUAUAAACAAUAUAAAAACAAAUAGACCUAGAUAAAAUUAAUUUUAUGGAUUAGCCUGAUAAAAGACUAAGUAUUUUCUUAAUUAUUCUCAGAGAAGAGAAUACAUUCCAGUAAAAAAAGCAAGAAAUGAUGAAGUAAAUUUAGACAAAAGGAGUUGGGUGCUGAAUCACUGGUAACUUGUAACUGGCCGUACUGGGAGUGUGUAUACAGAGAUCCACAAACCCUGAAAUCAGAGGGUUUUUGUUUGUUUUCAGAGAGCAUUUACUAGCAAAUCACUGGGCAGAAGUAAAACAAGAUUAGAAAUUGUAGAAAUGAGAAAGGUAGCCAUUGAAA